AUGUCUCCCAACAGUGAUAAUGCCAUGGCCCGCUUCCUUUUCGCCAUCUUGAAGCAAAAGAACCUCAAGGAUAUUGACUGGAACCAAGUCGCUCAAGACCCUGUCCUUUUGCAUCCCAUCCCGAACGGGCACGCGGCCAGGAUGAGGUAUUCUCGUUUCCGAGCCACUGUCACUGGCCAUGAGUCUCAGAAGCGCGGACGUUGUAGCGGAAAGGAUAGAGUUUCCAAGUCUUCCAAGAAGGACCACUCGUCCAAGAAGGACGCCAUGGUCAAGUCGGAAUCAAGCUACUCCCCAGCCUUCCUGCCAUCCCCCUAUCCUGGUGAAGACGAUGAUUUCACGGCUCGGUUCCUCACACCCUGCAGCGAUGACAUGAUAUCUGUCCAUCCUCCUGUCGUCGAGAAGCGCUGGCGCGGAGGCUCCAACGCCUUCUCACCCAUGAUGGACACCAACUCGGAUUUCUUGACAGAUUCCGGUAGUCUUACAAACUCACCGGCAUUUUCGGCAUUCGAUGCUGCCUACGACCUCAGCAAUUACAGCGGUGCGGCUCCCGAUUUCCCAGUCCAAGACAUUUCCGACCUCAGUGGUCCUCAGUCGGCCACGGACUGUGGCCAGGAGUGGCACGAGCGCUUUCACGAUGCGCAGCUUUUUUGA